UUUACAUCGGAAAUCAGAACAAUUGCAUUCAUUUUACUACUUGGAAAUGAUUUUCACAAUGAAUAAUAUUUUAAAUAUAAAAAUAAUAGCAUGUAUAAAAUAUUAUAAACAUUAAAAUUUCCAACUAUUUUACAAUAGAAUUAUAAUAUAAUACGUAUUUGUAACAAGUGGUAGUCGUCGCCAUUUUAUACGUGAGAUGUUGAAUGAAGUCUCAUUGAUGUAUGUACGGAUUUCGAAAGAAUGAGACGGACAUGUGAUUGGUUUUUGUGAAAAUUCGAAUAAAACGAAACUAAGCGGGACUUAAAAAAGCCGCGAAGCAUAAUUCUUUUAGAAACUUACUGUGAUUUCUUACAUCAAUUCUUCCGUGAAGAAAAGACAGUGCCAACCGAAUCACGCUUGUCACCGUCAGUGUACUUCUGGAUAUUUCAAGAGAAUGAAAGGAUUAAUAUCGUGAAAUGUAAAUUAUUCGUAAUUGUGAAGCAAAUCUGAAGUUGUAUGCAAAUAAAUAAUAAAUAACUCGAAAGACAACACACUGGAUCCUUCAAUAGGACCAAGAUAACGGGACGCUGCUACAGGGGUAACAUUGGCUGCGUGCACAUACUGCUAGCUCAACUACGUCAUUUCCGGGAGUUUAAAGCUCUAAAACUUCUAAUUGAUAAACUACGUGAUUCAUACCUAUCGUAGACUGAGAAAAGUUCAGGUAGGUUAUGACGUUGGUCAUAAAGUAUUUAGCCAAGUUGAUUUUUCAUUACGCACGUGUGUUUGCGAUUAACCAAUACAACAUAUUCGUUGUCAAAAAUAAUAUUGAUAUCUAAUUUAAAUUAAUCCAAAUAAAAAUUUACCACAUUAUCUAGUGUUCAGAAAAAAAUUGCAAUUUCUUGUGCAACAUAGCAACAAAAAUAACAAUUCUUGCAUUUUGAUUCAAUGAAAAAAUUUUGUCAGUGUAUAAAAUUGUGACAAGGUUAAGUAAUCUUACUCUAAACAUUAUAGAAUUUUUACCUUAAUUGCCAUAAUUGAAACUGUUUGAGAAAGAAAAUAAUAGAAUUCUUUCCAUAACCAACCUCAUAGCCUGCCGAAAAUUCGUAAAUCAAGUUCAUUUUAAUGUGCUGUACGAUACAUGAAAAUGGAAAAUGUGGGAGAUAUUUCCGUACAUUAAUUAAUGUCGUAUAUAAUUACUUUGAAUGCUUAAUGUUUAUCGAGCUCUAAAUUCUCGUCAAAAUUAUAAAAAUCUAUUUAACUUUACACAAGAACACAGCGGUUUUUAUAACAAAUCUUAAAAGAUAAAUAUUGUUACUGUGAUGCAACUAUCGAAACGUUGAUUUUAUUAAUUUAUCACGACUAUUAUAAUAAUACGGGAAAAGCUUUUUGUAAAAUAUAGAAACGAAUAAAACGUCCAUAAUCGAAUUUUAACGGUAUGUCGAAGUUUCGUAUCAACCUUUAAACUCAACGAUAAUCUCACGUUAUAAACGUAUAAAACGAUAUCCAGAUUAUCUGCGAAAUAAUUUUUCGAAGUUGGUUUCUGCUGCCACGAUUCUAAAGCAGUGCUGUGAAAUUAGAUACGUAUAAACGAAUUAAAAAUUUCGGAAUUCAAAAUGAAAUCUUUGCUAUUUCCGGAAUUCAAAAUGGAACCUUUCUUAUGUAAAAGCAUAGAGUGAAGUUGCAUAAAGUAAACAAAAGAAAAAUAAUAAUUAACAGAAAAGCGAUUUUAAUUGUUUAUGAAAUAAUAUACAACGUAUUCGACAUUUUAUUCGACGAUUAACGUAUGGUUAUGUUUCAUUGUGAAAAGUCGAACGAGUAUGAACUUGGAGGGGAGUUUCCGGCUAGCAUAGUGACGUGAGUUCUCAACGUGUUGCUAUUGUGUGUUGUGUGCUCGCCGCCAUAGCUGAUCGCUGUGAAGUUCGCAUCGUUAGUACCGAGUUGUGUGUACAUAUAAAUGGCGACGGACGAAAAAUGGUACUUCACGAAAGAACAGCUAACAAAUACUCCGAGCAGAAGAUGUGGCAUCGAUGCGGAUAAGGAACUGAGCUACAGGCAGCAGGCAGCAAAUUUCAUUCAGGAUAUGGGACAGCGGCUUGUGGUGUCACAAUUAUGUAUCAACACGGCAAUAGUCUAUAUGCACAGAUUUUAUGUAUUCCACUCGCUGUCACAUUUUCACAGGAAUGCAAUUGCAGCAGCAGCAUUAUUUUUAGCAGCAAAAGUCGAAGAACAACCACGCAAGUUAGAACAUGUUAUCAAAAUGGCACACAUGUGUCUCCACAGAGAUCAGCCCCCACCUGAUGUCAGGUCUGAGCAAUACCUUGAACAAGCUCAAGAUCUGGUGUUCAAUGAGAAUGUUCUACUGCAAACAUUGGGGUUUGAUGUCGCCAUUGAUCAUCCCCACACACAUGUUGUUAAAUGUUGUCACCUGGUUAAAGAUACCUCAAAGCACGGAAGGAAAGCAUUGGUUCUGGUACGUCGACAGAACUGUUACAUCUGAACUAUUACAAGAGCUUACAGCAGAAUUCCUUCACAUAUUUGAUAAGUGCCCGUCAAGAUUGAAAAGGAAAAUAAUGAGCAUAUCUGCUAAUCAAAGUCCAAGCAUUAAUCAUCCUAGUUUACCAAACUCACCAUUUGAUGCGGAACCUCGCAAGGUACAGUCUCCAGCGACGACUGCUGAUGGUGGACCCACAUUUCAUACGAAUCGCCCUCAUCAGAUGGAGAAACAAGAAGAAAAGAAACAGAAUGUACCUGUGUCUGCGAGACCUCCUGUAGAUUAUCGAGAGUAUCGAGAGAAGAAAGAACGCGAACGUUUGGAAAGGGAGAAGGCAUCAAUUCCACCGUCGGUUCCGCAAAGUCACGUGUCGGAUAUUAAUAAGCAUCAUUCUCAUCACCAUAAACCUGUAUCUAGUACAAAUGUGCUGAACAAACAUCCGUUGCCUCUUGGACAGAAGACGCUCCAUCAUAAUCAUCAUCACAGACCAGAUAUAAAAGUUGGACAACCAGUACCUCAGAGGCACUCGAGUAGUACUCAAGCUAGGGAACCAAAUCGCGAUCCCAAUAGACAGAGGCUACAAAGAGAGUACAAUUCAAACACUGGUACAAGUAGCAGUAGUAGUAGUAAUAAUAGUGCUCUCCAUUCUCACAGUCAUACCGUACCGAAAGAAUUAACUUUGGAUAGUUCUAUGACCGAUUCCGUUACUCAUAGAUCGGAUGUCGGAUCGUUACAGGAGCCAACGUCUCACGGGAAUAUACAAGAAAAACUUAGUAAUAAUAAUCAUAGUGUGCACAGAUCAAGUGGAGUAGAAAGUAAACAUCAGGGUCAUGAUAAAAGAAUAUAUGAUCCAAGGCACAAACCUGUAGAACAUAGGAAAGAUAGUGAACAAAAGCCAUACAAAUAUCCGGAUCCAACCAGAAUCGAUCGACAAAGGAAGUCUGAUACGUUGGAGCAGAGGUGUGAAGAGGUCAGAAAGCUUAUCGAAAAGCCAUUACCUCCACCGAAACCAACGCUCGACGUACCAUAUAGUUCGAAUGCACAGAAGCCGCCGCAUCAUACAAAAUACAAUCAAUCAGAAAAACUACAAGUUAGUUCUGGGGCGAUGCCGACUGAUAUGAAGCUUGGCACUAGCCAGAGUUCGUUUACGCAGGAAAAGUCUCCAACCAGCUCCAUUUCAACUUCAUUACUUAAUCAGAAACCGUCGUUAUCGUCGAAGAUAAUAACCAAUACAAUUCACGGCGUGUCUCAAAUAUUGAAAGAUACUAUUAGAAAUAAUUCCCAAUUGUCGAGUUUAUCAUCUUUGAACAAUCUCGACGAUCCAAAAACUGAGAAACGACCACGGCACGAUGACAUAGACAAAAGUUCGUCCGAUAUGCAACAGAGUGUAUUACAAACCCCCUCUGGCAAGCCGAAAUCGCUGUUCAGUCCAGAGAAAGUACCAACGCCUCGGGAAUCUCAUUCACAGAGGCCUAAGACUAAGCAAAAGACGCCGCCCUCGGCUGCAAAAGUUCCUAAACAAGAACGCGUACCAGAUUCGUCGAUAAGCUUUAAUUUAGUAUCGCCUUUUGCAAGCCCGCCAGGUUUGCAGCAGCAAGAAGCACAAUCGAACAAACGAUCGGCUAACGAUGUUUCCACAACGUCCCACAAAAGGCAUCGUACGGGUUGCACGGGCAACGAAAGCGUGCAGCAAGCGAAAGUGAAGAUGGACGAUACCAGUUUCGAGGCAACUAAAAUGCUCGGUAGAGUACCAGAACUGAUACAGCCUAUAAGAGACAAUCCUUCGGCGAACGGUAGAGCCAUUCAAAUCGCGAACGAUAUGAAACCGCCGGAGCUGAUCAAACCGUUUGACUCUGAGCCGACGAUAUCGCGUUUUGGCACGAUACCUGCACAGCAACACAUUUCUACGAAUCAGCACGGUUUGACGAACGGACUGGACACUAAUCUAAUGAAGCAAGAGCCACAAGAAUAUCAAAUUAAGAAGGAACCUUACAAAACAGAUUUGCCGAUAAAGGCUGAACACUCUCAGAUUAAAAGUGAAUAUUUGUCACCAUUGAAAUCUGCUCAAAGUAUAAGUGCCCUGCUUCAGGAACCUUUAGCACCGAUGCCAUCGUUGUUACAAAAUAUGCAACAAUUUAGUCAAAUGCAAUCGCAACAACAAAUUCAUCAGGAACAGUUUCAACAGCAACAGCUGCAGCAGCAGCAACAACAACAACAACAACAACUUCAACAACAACCACUAGCACCACCGCCACUACCACCAGCACCACCACCAUCUUCACAACUUCAUCAGCCACCUAUAUCUCAUUCCAUGUUGCUCACGCAACAGGAACCUGUUCCUGUUCAAAGUCAGUGUCUGUCCUUAUCAACGAUUAGUGAACCGAUGAUAGCCUCGACUGUAGAUAUAAGUGUCCUCUCUGUACCCGUGCAAACCACUACGGAAUCUAUACUCUCUGUGCCGACGUCAACCACGAUAACCGUUGCUCCACCGGUAGAAGAGAAAAGAUCGGAGCACCACAAGAGCGAGAAGAAGAAAAAGAAGGAGAAACACAAGCACAAGGACAAGGAGAAAACCAAGGAGAAGCACAAGCACAAGCAUAAAGACAAAGACAAGGAGAAACAUCGGGAAAAGGAUAAGGAAAAGAGUGAGGACACCGUGCUAGCUGUACCAAUUAAAAUCACAAUUCCCAAGGAUAAAUUAAACCUGAGCACCGAGUCGACGAGUAGUGCGGUGCCGCCUGAUAAGAACAAGUCUCCUCAGAACACCAGCAUCAAAAUCAUUAUUCCAAAGGAACGGCUAAAGGGCACGGACAGUGUGUCCAGUUCGCCAGGUCAGUCGGUGGUACAGGGUCCGUUAAAGAUUAAAAUCCGGACGGACGGGAUCUCGAGGAGUUCUGGUACGCCGUUGACGACUACGACUAGCUCGAGCAGUAUCGUUCCAGAGUUCACGAACGAGAGCCGGAAGCGCGAUCGUUCGGAUAUGAAGGAGAACCCGACGACCAGUGUUCCACCGACGAAGAAGCAAUCGCAGGUUACCUCGGCGGGUUACGGGCAACACCGACCAGGCGAACGGCAAAACGGCAGACAUUAUAGUUCAGGCAGCAAUAAUAAGGUACGUGGAGGCGGUAGAGGCGGCCGCCAGUAUAUCGGGCGUGGUCCACCACCAGCAGGAUCGGCGGGCCAUUACAAUGCUCCCGGCCAGCGCGACGGCUACUAUCAAGAGUACAAUAGUAACAAUGUCCGUAAUCCACAUCACUCUCAUGCAUCCUCGGCUCGUGGUGAUCCAGGCUACUCGAGGGCUGGCCACGUAAAUCAAUCCCAACCGGAUUCUUAUUUCUUUACUAAUUACCCGCCGCCCUCGAUGUUCAAUCCUGCUGGAUACGUUUACGAUCCCAUCAUGUACUAUUCGCAGUAUCAGCAACAAUAUCCGAUGUAUCCGGCGGGUAACGUCAUUAUAACAUCAGAUGGUGCUAUUGAUACGUCUGUACCGCCACCAUCCUUGCCACAGAAUGUGCGACAAAGUCAAAGCAUGAUCCCAGUCCCGUCUGCUCGGCAGCAACCUAAGACACCGCCACCAUUGCCGAGCGGACCACCUCCUAGUUCCUCACCGCCACCACCUCCGCCACCGGAAUAA